CGAGGCGGCGGGAGGAUGUCGGCGGGCGGCCGCGACGAGGAGCGGCGGAAGCUGGCCGACAUCAUCCACCACUGGAACGCCAACCGGCUGGACCUGUUCGAGAUCAGCCAGCCCACCGAGGAUUUGGAGUUCCAUGGAGUGAUGAGAUUUUAUUUUCAAGAUAAAGCUGCUGGAAACUUUGCAACAAAAUGUAUUCGGGUCUCUAGUACUGCCACCACUCAAGAUGUGAUCGAGACGCUGGCAGAGAAAUUCCGGCCUGACAUGCGGAUGCUGUCGUCCCCCAAGUACUCCCUCUACGAAGUGCAUGUCAGUGGAGAAGAAAGAAGAUUGGAUAUAGAUGAGAAACCCCUAGUUGUGCAGUUGAAUUGGAAUAAAGAUGAUCGAGAGGGCAGAUUUGUUCUUAAGAAUGAGAACGAUGCCCUUGCUCCUAAGAAGGCUCAGAGCAAUGGACCCGAAAAGCAGGAGAAAGAAGGUGUUAUCCAGAACUUCAAGAGAACUCUCUCCAAGAAAGAAAAGAAGGAGAAAAAGAAGAGAGAAAAAGAGGCAGUGAGGCAGGCAUCUGAUAAGGAUGAUAGGCCUUUCCAAGGGGAUGACAUUGAGAAUUCCCGACUGGCUGCUGAGGUCUACAAAGACAUGCCUGAGACCAGCUUUACCCGAACAAUUUCGAACCCAGAGGUGGUGAUGAAGCGUCGCAGGCAGCAGAAACUGGAGAGGAGGAUGCAGGAAUUCCGCAGCUCGGAUGGGCGGCCUGACUCAGGUGGAACAUUGAGAAUUUAUGCCGAUAGUUUAAAACCAAAUAUUCCCUACAAGACAAUCCUGCUGUCUACCACAGAUCCUGCAGACUUUGCUGUGGCUGAAGCGUUAGAGAAAUAUGGUCUAGAGAAAGAAAAUCCUAAGGAUUACUGCAUUGCCCGAGUUAUGCUUCCUCCUGGAGCCCAGCAUUCUGAUGAAAAAGGUGCUAAAGAAAUGAUCCUGGAUGAUGAUGAGUGUCCUUUACAAAUCUUCAGGGAAUGGCCAAGCGACAAAGGGCUUCUAGUCUUUCAGUUGAAGAGGAGGCCAGCCGACUAUAUUCCAAAGAAAACUAAGAAACACGUCGAUGGGAAGCUGGUGAAGGGAAAGGAGAGAGCAGAGGGGUCAGCCUACGGUUCUGCACUCCCUCCCGAGAAACUGCCCUAUCUAGUAGAGUUAAGCCCAGGGAGAAGGAAUCACUUUGCCUACUACAACUAUCACACUUAUGAAGAUGGCUCUGACUCCAGAGAUAAGCCCAAGCUUUACCGCCUUCAGUUGAGCGUUACUGAGGUUGGGACGGAAAAGUUUGAUGAGAACUCCAUCCAGCUGUUCGGAUCAGGAAUUCAGCCCCACCACUGCGACCUCACAAACAUGGAUGGAGUUGUCACUGUAACGCCGAGAAGCAUGGAUGCUGAGACUUACGUGGAAGGACAGCGCAUCUCGGAGACAACCAUGCUACAGAGCGGGAUGAAAGUGCAGUUUGGGGCGUCACACGUGUUCAAGUUUGUGGAUCCCAGCCAGGACCACGCUCUGGCAAAGCGAUCUGUGGAUGGAAGCCUGACCGCCAAGGGUCCCAGACAUAAGCCUGGAAUUGUUCAAGAGACAACAUUUGAUUUAGGAGGAGAUGUUCACAGUGGAACAGCAUUACCAACAAGUAAGAGCACCACUCGGCUGGACGGCGACAGGGUAUUGUCUGCCUCCAGCACAGCGGAGCGAGGGAUGGUGAAGCCGAUGAUGAGAGUAGAGCAGCAGCAGGACUACCGCAGGCAAGAAAACAGAACUCAGGAUGCUCCUGGGCCUGAGCUGAUACUGCCUGCAAGCAUUGAAUUCAGGGAAAGUUCUGAAGAUUCAUUUUUAUCUGCCAUUAUAAACUAUACUAAUAGCUCUACAGUCCAUUUUAAGUUGUCACCUACAUAUGUAUUAUAUAUGGCAUGUCGGUAUGUAUUGUCAAGCCAGUACAGACCCGACGUCAGCCCUACAGAGCGCACUCACAAAGUGAUUGCAAUAGUCAACAAGAUGGUGAGCAUGAUGGAGGGGGUGAUUCAGGAAGUAGACCAGGUUGAUCAGAAACAGAAGAAUAUUGCAGGGGCCCUUGCCUUCUGGAUGGCCAAUGCAUCUGAGCUGCUCAACUUCAUUAAGCAGGACCGAGAUCUUAGUCGAAUCACACUGGACGCCCAGGACGUUUUAGCACACUUGGUUCAGAUGGCGUUUAAAUAUCUGGUUCAUUGUCUUCAAUCAGAACUGAAUAAUUACAUGCCAGCCUUCCUGGAUGACCCCGAGGAGAACAGCCUACAGAGACCAAAAAUAGAUGAUGUUUUGCACACGCUCACGGGAGCCAUGUCUUUGCUGCGGCGCUGCAGAGUCAAUGCUGCCCUGACCAUCCAGCUCUUCUCUCAGCUCUUCCACUUUAUCAACAUGUGGCUCUUCAACAGAUUGGUGACCGACCCUGAGUCGGGACUGUGCUCCCACUACUGGGGGGCGAUUAUUCGCCAGCAGCUAGGACACGUGGAAGCUUGGGCAGAGAAGCAGGGGCUGGAGCUGGCAGCGGACUGUCACCUCAGCAGGAUCGUGCAGGCAACCACUUUGCUUACAAUGGAUAAAUACGCACCUGAUGACAUUCCAAAUAUAAACAGUACCUGCUUUAAGUUAAAUUCACUGCAACUUCAAGCCUUGUUACAGAAUUACCACUGUGCACCUGAUGAGCCUUUUAUUCCCACGGACCUGAUAGAGAAUGUGGUGGCUGUGGCUGAAAACACGGCUGACGAGCUGGCGCGCAGUGAUGGCCGGGAGGUGCAGCUGGAAGAGGACCCCGAUCUGCAGUUGCCUUUUCUUUUGCCAGAAGACGGCUAUUCUUGUGAUGUUGUCAGGAACAUUCCAAAUGGUUUACAAGAAUUUUUAGACCCUUUGUGCCAGAGAGGAUUUUGCAGGUUAAUCCCUCAUGCACGUUCACCAGGUACUUGGACAAUAUAUUUUGAGGGUGCAGAUUACGAGAGCCAUCUUCUGCGUGAGAACACGGAGCUGGCUCAGCCUCUGAGGAAAGAACCUGAAAUAAUCACUGUGACUCUUAAGAAGCAAAAUGGGAUGGGCCUUAGCAUCGUUGCAGCAAAGGGUGCUGGUCAAGAUAAACUUGGAAUCUAUGUCAAGUCUGUUGUAAAAGGCGGUGCUGCGGAUGUGGAUGGACGCCUGGCUGCGGGUGACCAGCUCCUCAGUGUGGACGGACGAAGUCUGGUAGGACUCUCUCAAGAAAGGGCGGCAGAGCUCAUGACAAGAACAAGUUCUGUGGUGACACUAGAAGUAGCAAAGCAAGGAGCAAUUUAUCACGGCCUCGCCACGCUGCUUAAUCAGCCAUCCCCAAUGAUGCAAAGAAUUUCAGACCGUCGUGGCUCAGGUAAACCCCGACCAAAGAGUGAAGGUUUCGAGCUCUAUAAUAAUUCAGCUCAAAACGGGUCACCUGAGAGCCCUCAGCUGCCUUGGGCAGAAUACACUGAACCCAAGAAAUUGCCUGGCGAUGACAGACUGAUGAAGAACCGGGCUGAUCACCGCUCCAGCCCCAACGUGGCAAAUCAGCCUCCUAGCCCUGGAGGGAAAAGCGCAUACGCCCCUGGAACAACAGCUAAGAUAACGUCUGUCUCCACUGGGAACCUCUGCACUGAGGAACAGACCCCUCCACCUAGACCUGAGGCUUACCCCAUCCCCACUCAGACAUACACCAGAGAGUAUUUCACCUUCCCAGCUUCCAAAUCCCAGGACCGGAUGGCUCCUCCUCAGAACCAGUGGCCAAAUUACGAGGAGAAGCCACACAUGCACAUGGACAAUAAUCAUUCCAGUAUUGCAAUUCAGCGUGUUACCCGUUCCCAGGAGGAGCUUCGGGAGGAUAAGGCUUACCAACUAGAGCGGCAUCGGAUCGAGGCAGUCCUGGAUCGCAAGUCUGAUAGCGAUAUGUGGAUCCAUCAGAGCUCCUCAGUGGGCUCGAGCACUUCCAGCCAAGAGCACCUGGACCACCCCUCCAAGGCCGGCACCCCCGCUUCCACUCUGACCAAGAGUGGCCCUGGGCGCUGGAAGACGCCAGCCGCUGUGCAGCCCCUGCCUGUGGCUGGCUCCCAGCCGGUCCAAACUGACCUGCCCCCACCACCCCCGCCGCCCCCCACGCACUACGCCGGAGACUUCGACGGGAUCCCAACAGACCUGCCUCUCCCACCACCUCCUGCUAGCCAGACAGGACCUGCCUCUGCUCAGGUGGUGGCUGCAGAGAGGAAGAAGAGGGAGGAGCACCAGCGCUGGUAUGAGAAGGAGAAGGCCCGUCUAGAGGAGGAGCGGGACAGGAAGCGCCGUGAGCAGGAGCGAAAGCUGGGCCAGAUGCGCUCCCAGUCACUGAACCCAGCCCCGUUUUCUCCUGUAACUGUCCCCCAUGUGAAGCCAGAAAAACCUUCUACACUCCAGAGGCCCCAAGAGACGGUCAUUCGGGAGCUGCAGCCCCAGCAGCAGCCCCGCACGAUUGAGCGCAGAGACUUACAGUACAUUACAGUCAGCAAAGAGGAGCUGUCCUCAGGAGAUAGUCUGUCCCCAGACCCGUGGAAGCGGGAUGCCCGGGAGAAGCUAGAGAAGCAGCAGCAGAUGCACAUCGUGGAUAUGCUGAGCAGGGAGAUCCAGGAGCUCCAGAAUAAGCCCGAGCGCAGUGCAGAGGAAAACGAUCGCCUGCGGAAACUCAUGCUGGAGUGGCAGUUCCAGAAGAGGCUCCAGGAGUCCAAGCAGAAGGACGAGGAUGACGAGGAGGAGGAGGAUGAUGACGUGGAUACCAUGCUCAUCAUGCAGCGCCUCGAGGCCGAGCGAAGAGCAAGGCAGACUGCUCUGCCAGCAAUCUCUGUUCUAGAUUUGUUACAGGAUGAGGAGCGGAGGCGCCAGCAGCAGCUGGAAGAGAUGCGCAAGCGAGAAGCAGAAGAUCGCGCCAGGCAGGAGGACGAGCGGCGCCGCCAGGAGGAGGAGAGAGCAAAGCGAGAUGCUGAAGAAAAGAGGCGUCAGGAAGAAGGCUAUUACAGCCGCCUGGAAGCCGAGAGGCGCAGACAGCACGCGGAGGCCGAGCGCAGGUUGCUGGAGCCGGAGGAGCCGGGUCUGUGCAGACCUCCGCUGCCGCGGGGCUACGAGCUCCCGUCCCCGUCCCCUCCGGCUGCCGCUCCUCCUCCCCCGCCUCAGCGGACCGCCUCCUCCCUCCAGGCCCAGGCCCUCUCCCCAGACUCCCUGUACACCGCCAGGCUCGUUGCGUACCACGAGGAGGAGGAGGAGGAGGAGGAGCACUGCAGUCUGGCAGGACCAAACUCUUACCUGGGAUCUGCCGGGACAGCUGUUGGCACCCACGAUGCCUAUCGGGACCCGAGAGAAAGACUGUCUAAAAGCCACGAGGCAGAUUUACCUGGGAGCUCUGGAGCCCCUGAAAACUUGACAUUCAAAGAGCGCCAGCGUCUGUUCUCACAAGGUCAGGACGUGUCCAAUAAAGUAAAAGCCUCUCGUAAAUUAACAGAACUGGAAAACGAACUGAACACCAAGUGAGCCAAGGACGCGGUGCCCGUGCGCGCACACCCAGGGUCCCCUUGGCGUGGCUCUGGAGGGCGGGCCCGGACGCCACAGGGCUGAGUCACGGGAGCACUGCUUUGGAGCCGGCUGGGAUCCCGGGAUGGUCCCCUUCCAAGAAUGUCUCUUGUCUCACCAAGAGAUUAUCAUUUCUACAAUGUAAAACACUGUCUAAUUUCUUAAUUAUCUGACUCAUGUGAAGAUAAGUUUUUUGUUUUUUUAAAGUCUGAGUGGGCGAGGGGAGAACUGAGGGCAGGAGAGCAGAGUGAGAACACGUGUUCUCACCCCCACGUGUGGCGCUCUGUCAUGGACGGCACUGCGGCCGUCGGGCGGGAACCGGCUGGCGCUGCCCAGACCUUGUUUGCACUAUUGAGUAGCAGUGGCAGCGGCCUCCCGGGAGGGUGAGCUGUCCCCGUCCAGGAGAGAAGACGGGAGGCCGCGCCAUGUGUCCCCGCUGGGUGGGCCCGAGGCAGCUCAGACUCACAGCCCGAAAGGGAGGUGUUGCCUGUCGGGACCGGCCCUCUCCUUCCUUCCACCAGGGACAGCCCUCCUGGUAUAAAUAGGUGAUUUAAAAAUAAAAAUUCUCCAAGAAGAAAAUUUUGAGGAUUUAAGCUUAGGAUAUUUUAUUUUUAUAAAUGCCAGAUUAUUGUUAGACUAAUAAAUCAUUGGUGAUUUUAAAGAUGGCAAUUAAGUUAGGAAGUCCGCUAAAUCUUUCAGAUAUUCAAGGGAAUCUAUGAAAAGAUAUCUUUAGCUGGGCCGUGUUGAUGUGAAUAGAAAGAGAAGUAUCUGAAAGGGAUGGGAGGUUCGUAGUGACACUUGAGCACGACUGUUGCUCAGAGAUUUUAAAUUCGAGGAAGAAAGAUUCACCUCCAUGUGCUGUCUGAGAAGGAAGGUUCGGUGACACGUGGCAUCUGUGACUUACAAUGUCAGGGGCUUGUUUGGCAGUUCAAGCUAUUUUUUUACACCGAAUAGAGUUAUUUAAUUUUCAUUUUGAGUCAUUGGUGAUCACUGUUGUUUCUUCAGCUGUGAAUGCGUGGCUGAUGCUGGGGAGAUGGAUCUCACUUCGUUUUAUACUGUGUGCUGUGAAAGUGCUAAAUUACUUUGUGAUUAUGAGCAAAUUUUCUAUUUGACAAAGCCCUGCUGUGGGAUCUUGAUGAUUCUUAUGUACCAGAUUGUUCUCUUACAAUAUAUAUGUUAGAAAAAUAUGCACACUUUCAAAUAGAAGAGGGAGAGGCUUUUUAGCCAUAGAAAUCACUUUAAUAAGAGCUGUAUGAUAAAUCGUUGAGCGAGUGUAAAUAUUUUUACGUCUAUCAGGGUUCUCAUUUGGAAGUGUGCUCUCACCAUUCCCCUUGUUGAAGAGAGUAGAGUGGUUCUAAGUGUUUAUGAAGGAUGCGCGUGCUUGCUCCGGAGGUCCCAGGAAAAGCAGGCCCCUCCCAGAUCACUCAAGAACACUGGCCGCCUUACGGGGACUGAACCCACACUUUCUUUCACGAAAAAGAUGCAGAUGAUUUACUUUUGUGUUAAUAUAUAGAAAAACGGUAAAUACACGUAAGUACCUGCAAAUACAUGUAAAUAUUGAUAUACGGGGUGUCUGUGUGUGGUCGCAAGGCCUGUAAGCAGGUGGGUGGGGCCACCCUGGGGCCGUCGGGUCAAAUGUGAACACGUGCUCUUCGUAACUGCGUCACUGUGGGGCCGUCACGACUGCUGUACUUGCCCGUUUCUACUGUACUUCAUUUGCAAUCUAUUUUUAAUAAACUUUGUAUGUAUUUAA